UCAGCUCUCUCAACAAGUGAUUUUUCGCUUCCUAAAUCAAGUAAGUAUUUCAAUGAGAGAUUGUGAAGUUCUUUUUUAAAAAUCACAAUUAAUUAAUUUAUAAUUAUGUUUUAAAGGUGCUUAUGUGAUUUUGUAUAAUACGGAAACGUGUUCAGUUAAAUUACGAGAGGCAAAAACUCUUGGUAGGAUCAAAAUUGAAAAGUAUGCUAAGGAUGAAAUUCUGAUUUGUGACCCUAAAAGAGAAAAUGGACAAGAAAUUUACAGAAUCGUUUAUUUUGGUGAUCGAGAUACUGGCAAGAGUUUGAUCAACUCUCUCAAGAAUGAUGAAGAUGUUUUUUUUCACGACGAACAAGAGCCAUCUACUAGUAGAAACUCAACAAGAUCAACAAGAAACACACCAAUAACUCCUAAUGAUCCCAAUCAUAAUUCCGAUAUCUACAAGCUUCUAGCCGUGAUGAGAUCUGAACAAAAAGAGGUGAAGAAUCUAUUGGAUAAACUUGAUAAUGAAAAUAAGAACUUGAAAACUAAAUUGGAUGAAAUCAUCGAGAAAAGUUCAUGUGAAAACAGGAAAACUCGAGCUCCAUCGUCAUCAGAAGUCUCUGAACUACUCCAACAUUGUACCUCUGAAGUUGCUAAACGAAGAUUGAACCAGAAUUUUGAAGAGAAAUUAUCAAAAAUUCCAUGGGAAAUUAUAAAAGUGGGUAAAAGGGAUAAGAAAAAUAUCAUGGAUGAACUAAGAUGGGAGAGACGAAUUACCAAGAUGAUUUCGAAUAUCGGAACGAUUCUAUUUGGUACAGACCUUCUCACCCACCUUCUUGGCAGAAAUGGAAAGCGGGAAAGAUCUCGGCGAGAAAGUGAGAGGCCUCAUGUCUUCAAUGUACAACAAGAGUCAAGAUUACGACGAGUUCUAUCAGUUUUUGAUGAUACAUUCACAUCAGAUAAAACUUGGAAACAUGUAGUUCAAUAUCAUAUAAAUCAAAAAGGAAGAGAUGUAAAAAAAGCCAAGAAACGUCUCAGUGAUGAAUAUACAUCUGAUUCAGCCACAGACUCAGAGCCUAUUGUCAAGAAAGCAAAGAAAACAGAUAUCACUGAAAUCUCAUCAAGCGAUUCAGAUUCGAGUAAUCAAAAAGAUCGUGGUAAGAGAAAUCCUCCAAGGAAAUCAAAGCUAAAAGAAACAGAAAUAAUUGAAAGAAACGACGAAGAAAACGCCAAGGAAAAGUUCAAGGAAAAGGAUAAACCAGAUGAGAUAGGAAAUCGCAAAAAACACGACAAUAUGGAAACAGGAAUAGGAAGCUCAAAAUCUGAUGAUGUGACAAGUCAACUUGUUUGUGAGAAACCAGCAAACAAUAAUAAUGAUAAAGAGCUUACUGAGAUCUCUGAUAAAACCAAAGAUAAUUUCCCUUAUUCUCAAGCUAUUCCCCUAACACAAAACCUAUGAAUAUUCUAUCAAUUUUUUGUCAACUCUAAGCUAAAUAGAAUCAAGAA